AUGAACUCUGAGGGCACUAACAAUAAUACAGACUUGAACCGCUCGGUUCUCAAAGAUCAGCCCACGACCAAGAGUCCGGAAGCUUCCAAGGACCGAUCUAUCAAGUCUGAAACAUCCACGCCUAUAAAAUCCGAGCCGGAAUCUCCCAAGGAAACAAGCUCUGCUAAGGCUGUUCUCAUCGAGCAGACUCCCGAGCAGAAGGAGGAGCACUACAAACGUCGUGAUGAGCUGAUCGCUAUGAUAGACCACGCUAUUACCAUCCAACUCGAGUCUGUUGGGCAGGCUCAGCAUUCAGUGGACUUCAUGUUGAAGACUUUGCCUUCUGAGCUCAAAGGCAUCUUGGAUGCAACUCAUAUCAAAGAGUCUGCAGAAGACAAUCUCCAGGACAUAAGCUUGAUGACCGCUUCCGUUGCUGAGACGUAUUCCAAAUGCUGCGAGAUCCUGCGACACACUCCUGGGGUAAAGGAACAGCUCACCAUGGCCAAAUGGGACUCUGAUGGCGACAUUACUCCAUACAUUGCAGUGAUCCAGAAAACUGGUCAGCUGUCAACCGACGCAUACGCUCUGUUUCGUGACCUUGCCAAGGUACUUGAUUUCUUGAGACCUGCGAAGGAGACCUUGCUUGCGCUUGUCCCCGCGGAGAAGCGAGAAUUUGUUCCUGAUCGUCUUUAA